AUGGAGGCUCCCAGGAAGAGUAAUGUGACAUAUCAUUUCUUCGAUACCAAGAUCGACCCACUGUGUCAGAUAAAAGCUUUGAUUACUCCUAACCAUGUGGGUUUAUUCCGGGAUACUUAUGACAACAUCUUGCCUAUGGUUGAAGACUUGGAUGCUUCUCAGAGGAGUCUGAUACAUACUUGCUUGCAGUUUUAUGAUCCUCAGUUGCGUUGCUUCACUUUUCAGGAUUUCCAAUUGGCUCCUUUAUUGGAAGGGUAUGCUAUGAUCUUGGGUGUUCCUCUACAGCAUUGUGUCCCUUUCAACUCCGAUAUUCCUCCACCAGAGCAUAAGGAUAUUGCUAAGGCUCUUCAUCUGGAAGUGUUUGUUGUGAAGGAAAAUCUCUCUUCUAAGGGAGGUCUGUCUGGUUUUCAUCUGGAUUUUGUGGUAGACAAAGCCGAAGAGUGUGCUGCUCGAGGCAAUUGGGAGGCUGUGUAUGCUCUGUUAGCAUUGAGUGUCUAUGGUAUUAUGCUAUUCGCCGAUGAACCGAAGUUUGUGAGUAUGAGUGUUAUUCAUAUCUUUCUGCUAAAGAACCCGGUUCCCACCCUUCUUGGUGAUUUUUAUUUUUCGGUGCACAAUAAGAAUGAGAAGAGACGAGGGAGAUUAGUCAGAUGUUGCGCUCCAUUGUUCCAUAAGUGGCUUGCGGGGCAUUUGCCAAAUGACGAUGCUUUCCGGAAUCCGCAUCAAGCCAGGAAUUGGGCUAGAAGGUUGGUUGUCUUGACUGCUAAAGACAUCAGAUGGUGUAAUCAGAAUACCAAGGGUGGCGAUUUUGUGGUUAGUUGUGGGAAAUACCCUUAUGUACCAUUAUUGGGUAUGAAGGGUUGUAUCAACUAUAACCUGAUUCUUUCGAGAAGACAAUUAGCGUAUGCCUUGACUCACGCUCCUAAGGAUCAAGACCUGGUGGAAUCUUUCUACUUCCCAGUGCAAGAUAAUCUAGAACUGGUUAAGCAAGUUGUUGGAGCUUGGAGGAAUAUUCAGACUAAAGGUGCUACUGUCUAUGGAAAAUGUAACAACAUAUCGUCUUCCCAGUAUGAUAGUUGGUUGCGAGAAAGAGCUUGGAUUACUCGUCUACCUUUCUCUAUGGGAGAACCAUGUGAUCCGGUUAUGGUUGAGUCUGUCAGCAUGGUUGAGUACAACAGUUUGAAGCAAGAAAAGGGAAAAGCCGAUAAGUUGAAAGCGAAGCUGAGUGAAGGCCUCAGGAAAACUUUGUGCGCUAAGAAAAAAGCUGAGAGAGAAGUUCAAAGGUUGAAUGAGCUUCAAAAACAAAGCAAUGAAAUGAUUGCUGAAAAUGCUGAUUACAUCCGUAAAGUCUGUUCAGGUGAGGAUAUACUGAAGAAAGCUUGCAAGGCUGCUAAGGAGCAGUUAGGAAUAGCUGAAUAUAGGCUUAUUGAGCGCCAGCAAAGGUGGCAAGAAUUGUGUGAUCGCUGA